AUGACAUGGAGAAAAGAAGUAAUAAACAACCUCAUCAGAUAUGACCCCGCUGUUACCCUUCUGUGCAACUUCAGUUUGAAAUCAGAUGAAGAGCUAUUUUAUGACGUCACUUGGUUUAUUGAUGGACAGGAAGCUUUUAGUCAGACGGUUGAUUUCACCAAUAAUUACACUGCUGUAAUAAAAGCUCAUGAUAUGUUGAGAGCGAAGAAAAAGAUAGGGUCUGACGUACACUGCAAAGUUGGUGCAAAACGUAAAAAAGAAAACAGUCCAUGUCUUUUCAAAGUUGGAAAUCCAUUCUUUGCUGGAAUUAAGAUACUCAAUCCAAGUAUUGAGUUGGAGAGAAAAGGAUCUAAGAAUGUCGAAUUGGAGAUGACAAUACCAUUCGCCUCUGAAUCGCUUUAUAUUAAUGGUGAUCUUCAACCAGUUAGCGACCUGAAUAUUCAUAUGACCUUUAAAACAGACGAUCCGUCUAAAUGUAGUGGAGGAGGAUCAUCUAAUCAGUGCGAAGUCAAAGUAAAAAGCUAUAAUUACAACGAGAGACACAAGUAUGAAAACGGCGAAUGGCGGCAAAAUAUUUCAUUUCCGGUUUAUAGUCAGGACACUGAUGCUUACGUCAUCAACAGUCAGAUGACUCUACGAUUAAAGACUGGAGGCACUAAUGGUGUUGGAAGUAAAAUAUUCGAGCAUGUGUCUUUGCCCGACAUUUCGAUAAGUGUUCGAGAAGGAAAUGAACAAUGGAAAGGCAGAUCUUGUAGUGUUAGAGCGGAUCCACAUAUGUAUACUUUUGACGGAAAAUCAUACGAGUGUCAGAUACCUGGAGAAUUUAUAAAUUACAGAAGUCAACAUCAACUACAGUGGAUUCAAUCCAAACACCACUUAUGUUUCCCGUCGUAUGAUGGACCUUGGUGCGUCUGCGCAGUAGCAGCAAGAGCAGGAAGAGAUGUCUUCGUCAUAGAUUUGUGUGGAGAAAAUAAAAUCAUCGGUUAUGAGCUUUGCGAGGACAAUGUUUUGAAAGUCACAAAAAUUCACGACAAAUACUAUAAGGUAUAUUUCCCGACGGGUACAUCACUCGCCAUAUACAUCAUGGAAUGGAACAGACAUUAUAUCAUUGACCUUGAAAUUCUACCCUCUGCCAUGGAUGUAGGAAAUGCCGAUGGAUUGUGUGGAUAUUUUGAUGGUGUUAGGGAAAACGACUUCAGAAGGCGAAACAGUACUAUUAUAGACGACAUCGGUUUGUUAUAUCCUAAUGACUUCUCUGAGUCAUGGAAGAUUCUGGACAACGAAAAUCUCUUCAGCGGUGACUCUUUAGUUUACAGCAGUUUGCAGUCUGUGUCAACAAUUCUUGUUCCUCACUGUACAUGCACCGAGAGCGGGAAAACCCAAUGCUCCUACAACACGUUCACACCCUGCAACUCAAAUCGAGGCAAACAGUAUACAUGUAACGUAGACCUUGUACAAAACAGAAGACGUAAACGGGAUGUGUCCGAUAUGUACAUGCAAAGAGAUCCUCUAAUUAGAAAGAAACGUACUAUGUCCUACGUACGGUCGACCGAAUACUCCGAGACGGUUUGCCUGCAAGCAUUUGAAAAUUCACGUGAAUACAACACCUGCCAACAAUAUGUGACCGAUCUUAGUAAUGUAACCUUAUCCAACUGUAUUGAGGACAUAAGAAUGACUGGUGAUAAUAACCUAACGCAGAUUCACGUCGAAGCCGCUCUACAGCAAUGUUCCACAUUUGUUCUCUUGAAUGCCACACUGCAAGAGUCAGAACCGGAAGUUACCUAUACAAUACAAAAUCUAUGUCCAAGCAACUGUACCGGACAUGGCACUUGUGAUGGGGUUUUUGGUUCUCCCUUUUUUUAUGGAAACUGUACAUGUGACGCUAACUAUGGAGGGAGCGACUGCUCUUUUGAUUUGCUCGGCCCUCCUACAAUAACAAGUGUCCCCGGUGCUGGUUUGUGUGAUCUAUCUACAACAACCUGUAAAGAGGCCACCAUCAUGGGAAAAUAUUUCUUUGAAAACAUGGACUCGAUAUAUUAUCUUACCGUGAAACAGAAUGAUAUUAACCAAACAGAAGAAAUUGAGCAUAAGAGACAAAUGAAUUUACAAGAGAGAACCUUAUUUGAGGGAUUCUGUCCGCUUCCGUAUGACACAUCUGGUAUCUGGAUGACUGAAAUCAAGUUCAACAUUUCUAAUGAUGGAGUACGUUUUACAGACACGUAUCAAGUUAUUAUAUAUCAGUCUCAUUGUCAGGAGUACCACAAUGAAUCCGGAAAUGUGUAUUUUACCUUAAAGGACAACUAUUGUUACAUAGAUAGCACAUGCAUUCGUCCCAUGCAGAAUAGUUCCAUCAAUGAGUGUCUUUACUGUAAUGCAACGAAUGAUAAAUUCAACUGGACAGAAAAUGAAUCCUGUGGACAAACAACAACAGAGAGUAUGUCAACAACUAUGAUCUACACAGACACAGUAUCCGCAUUGAUGAGCUCCACAGAACAAAUAGAAGAAAUUACAACUUCUAUCACGACUGUUGAACAAGACGAAACAACAUACUUCAAAACAACCGCAUCAUUCACGACUGCAGAAAAUGAACAAACAUCUCUGGUGUCUGAUUCUUCUUCUGUUGACUCAACAACAUUAUUGUCGACAAUGACAAUGGAAAGUAUACAGCCUGUCAGAACAACUGAGUCUUCCGAGUUGACGGAAGAAACAAGUACCAAUGGCAAAUCAACUGCACCUUCGACUACUACAAUCAGCGAAGCUGAAUCCACUGCAAGUACAUACAACACGGAUGGAACAGAAAUCUCCUUUGAAAGUGUCGACACUACCACAUCAAUUGACACAAAAGAUGCCAAAGAAGGAUCGACUCCAGCAAAACUAAAAAAUACCUAUUUGAUUGUUGGAGCCUCUACUUCUGUUGUUGGAAUUGUAUUAAUAAUGACAAUCAUUGGACUGGUAGCCCGAAAAUGUAGUAAAUCGAGAAAACAUCAAGGAAAUCAACAAGAAAACAAUGAACCAAUUAGGAACUGGAGAGACCUCGUCUGGGCGGGAAAACCAACCACAAGCCCUCAGUACAAUACCAAUUCUUCAUUACCCUACACUGGAAAAGCCUACGUUCCGCACGCACCUCUUCAUCAUUUCAAAUCCAGUGGAGGAUCUCGUAAUAUCAACGCCAGUAGAUAUCAAAGAUAUUGA